GUUAUCAAGAGUGUCAGAUCCAGUGUUUGUCAGAACUGUUUAUCUGAAACAUCUGGAGAAAAUGUUCUUUGGGAUUUUCAUCUGUUUGUGCUCGUGGAGUCUGGAGGGUGUGUGUGGUUCUGAGUUCGUCUCUGUGUCUGUGAUGGAGGGAGAUUCUGUCCUUCUGUCUGUGAAUAUUACUGAAGCACAGAGACGUGAUGGAAUCAUGUGGACAUUUGGUUCAAUUCCUAUAGCUAAACUCAAGCCUGAUAAUAAAUAUAUAUAUUAUAAUGGCACUGAUGGGAUGUUCAGAGACAGACUGAAGCUGAAUGAGACGGGAUCUCUCAUCAUCACAGACAUCAGAAUCAAACACUCUGGACUUUAUUAUAUCACAACAACCAGCGAAGAGAAGCCAUUCAAGAUAAUCAACAUUACAGUCUAUACUCGUCUGCCUGUUCCUGUCAUCACCAAUUCUUCUUCUCUAGAUGGAUCUUCAUCCUCAUAUUGUUCUGUGUUGUGUUCAGUGAUGGAUGUGUCACAUGUGAGUCUCUCCUGGUACAAAGGAAAGAGUUUAUUGUCCAGCAUCAGUGUGUCUGAACACAGUAACAUCAACAUCUCUCUUCAUCUGGAGUGUCUGGAUGAUUCUUACACAUGUGUGAUCAACAAUCCCAUCACAAACCAGACUCAACAUCUCAACACUGAUGUCUGUCAUCCGUGUGCUGAACAAACCUUUUUAGAUUAUAUAAUCCAUCUCUCUUUUGCUGCCGGAUCUCUGACGAUUGUACUUCUUAUCUUCUUCGUCUGCAAGAAAGUCAGAAAAACAAAUCAAGAUGCUGAAACAGAUCAGGCCGGUGAACAGGAGAUCACUUAUGCAGAUCCAACAUUCUCUAGAAGAUCAGGAAAACAAAUGAGUGCGGUGGAGACUGAUGUGGUGUAUGCGGGAGUCAUGAGAAGAUGAUCAGACUCUCCUGUGAUUGGACGUUCAGGUUACAGUUACCAUAAUACAUGUUGAGUUUUGAACGCUUCAGUGUCCACACUUCACUAACAUCCUCAACUGAAUUAUGUUUGCAUCAGCACCAAUUCUGAUAAAAACACAUCACGAUUGUAAGACGAUAUGGUCAAUGCUGGGCCACUGGACACCGGUGUAAAUCAAUACAAUACAGAUAUUUGAUUUAAUAAAUUAGACAUGUGACGUGGGUUCAAAUGUUAAAAGCACUGAAGGAGCGGAUGAAACCCAAAAUUAUAUUUAUUUAAAUGUAAAAAAAUGUUGCAUAAUAUUUAAUGGCAUCAUAGCUGUGGGGUGAGUCUAUUGAAGGAAAGAGAACAUACAAUAUAAAAUGGUUAUUUUCUUUUUUCCAGAUCUUUAUAGAAGUCUCUCCCUAACAGAAUAAAGUUGUAAUCACAUAAGUAAUUAUUAAUUAUUUGAUGUAGUGCUUAUAAUAAUAAUGUGUAAUUUUAACUGGUUUAACUUCUGAAUACAUUUUAG